AUGACUGUCAGAGAGGCGCUCAACGUGGCCAUGGAGGAGGAAAUGUUGCGGGAUGAGACCGUUUUCAUUCUGGGCGAGGAGGUCGCACGGUAUAAUGGUGCAUACAAGGUCACCAAGGGCCUUCUAGACAAAUUUGGAGAGAAGCGGGUCGUCGAUACUCCCAUCACCGAGAUGGGUUUCGCAGGUCUUGCUGUUGGUGCUGCACUAGCUGGUCUUCGGCCAAUUUGCGAAUUCAUGACGUUCAACUUCGCUAUGCAAGCCAUCGACCAGAUUGUCAACUCCGGAGGAAAAACCUACUACAUGUCCGGCGGUAAUGUUCCAUGCCCCGUUGUCUUCCGCGGGCCGAACGGCGCUGCCGCCGGCGUCGCGGCCCAACACUCUCAGGACUAUGCAUCUUGGUAUGGUCAAGUCCCAGGCUUGAAGGUUGUCAGUCCAUGGAGUGCCGAGGAUUGUAAAGGUCUUCUCAAGUCAGCCAUUCGUGAUCCCAACCCAGUUGUCUUCUUGGAGAAUGAAAUGAUGUAUGGCGUCUCCUUCCCAAUGUCUGCUGAGGCCAUGUCCGACAACUACCUCUUACCUAUUGGCAAGGCCAAGGUUGAGCGUGUGGGGACCGACGUCACCAUCGUUGCUCAUAGCAAGAUGGUUACACAUAGUCUAGAGGCUGCUGACAUUCUUGCGAAAGAGGGCAUCAAGGCCGAGGUCAUCAACCUUCGCUGUAUUCGACCUCUUGACAUUGAAACAAUCAAGGCAUCAGUUAAGAAGACUAACCGACUCGUCACUGUUGAGGGUGGCUUCCCGGCGUUUGGUGUAGGUAGUGAGAUUUGUGCUCAAAUAGUCGAGAGUGAGGCUUUCGAUUACCUCGAUGCUCCUGUCGAGCGUGUCACCGGUGCUGACGUCCCAACACCGUACGCCACAAAUCUCGAAUCACUAGCUUUCCCGGACACACCUCUCAUUGUCAAGGUUGCGAAGCGUGCACUAUACAGAACUAAUUAA